UUCCCGCUCGCAACUCUCAAAACCCGAUGGUCGUCGUCUUCUUGUCUGUUUUUCUCCCUAGAGUUUGUUUGGGGUCCAUUUCUUCCACCUACCUACUUUGGCUCCUCACUCACUCUCGCUCGAGCACACCUUUAAGUAUAAUCUUCCCUUCUUUUUCUCUUUCAAAAUUUGAUCUAGAAUAUAUUCUCUCUCGCCUUUUCCUUUUUCAUACUCGGUGAACCCCAUUCGUUGCUCCACCACCAAGAAAAGUGCCCUCUCCCCAUAAAGAACAAAAAUUGAGCCAUACCCAGAACUUUGAUUUGAUAUAAAAGCUCUCUAUCUUUCUCUCUUCAAUCCUCUCUUUCACACGGCGUGCCGCGUGCGUUUAUUUUCAAUUCAAGAAUAUCAUAGUGGAAGUGCUAGUGUUCUUUAUUCUUCUUGUUCUUCUUCUUUGCUUUUCCGUUUGUGCUUUGUGCCCUUUCUUAUCUGUAUCUUUGGCGUUGCAAUUCAGUUUUGAGAAAUUGGGUAUGGAGCGUUCGGUUCUUGACGGUUUGAUUAAUAGGAUGCUUGAAGGUAGAGGCAGACCAGGGAAGCAGGUUCAGCUCUCCGAGGGUGAGAUUAGGCAGCUAUGUAUUACCUCCAGGACCAUUUUCUUGAAGCAGCCAAACCUUUUGGAGCUUGAAGCACCUAUCAAAAUCUGUGGGGACAUACAUGGUCAAUAUUCAGAUCUUCUGAGGCUUUUAGAAUCUGGCGGAUUUCCUCCUCGUGCCAAUUACUUAUUCUUGGGAGAUUAUGUGGAUCGUGGAAAGCAAAGCCUGGAAACAAUAUGCCUUCUCCUUGCGUACAAGAUAAAAUACCCUGAGAACUUUUUCCUUCUUAGGGGUAACCAUGAAUGUGCUUCCAUUAACCGUAUAUAUGGAUUUUAUGAUGAGUGUAAACGUCGGUUUAAUGUCAGACUUUGGAGGGUAUUCACAGAUUGUUUCAACUGCCUCCCUGUGGCUGCUCUCAUUGAUGAAAAGAUACUCUGCAUGCAUGGUGGACUUUCUCCUGACCUGCAAAAUUUGGAUCAGAUUAGGAAUAUACAGCGACCUACUGAUGUUCCAGAGACUGGUUUGCUCUGUGAUCUGCUGUGGUCUGAUCCUUCUAAUGACAUACAAGGUUGGGGUGCAAAUGAUAGAGGAGUUUCGUAUACUUUUGGUGCUGAUAGGGUGAGAGAAUUUCUUAAGAAGCAUGAUAUCGAUUUGAUUAUCAGAGCUCACCAGGUUGUGGAAGAUGGAUAUGAGUUCUUUGCUAAUAAGCAACUCGUGACAAUCUUUUCAGCACCAAAUUACUGUGGAGAAUUUGAUAAUGCUGGUGCGAUGAUGAGUGUGGAUGAGAAUCUUAUAUGUUCUUUCCAAAUAUUAAAGCCUGCAGAUAAGAAACCAAAGUUUGGCCUUGGAAAAACAGUUACAGCUAAGUCUGUGACUUCAACUGGAAUUAAGUCAUUUCUUGGUGGGAAGGUAUGAUAGCUUUCUAGCUGAAUGAGAUACUAGAAGGCAGCGAGUGUAAUGGGCACAGCAUAGGCAGACAGGAAUAUCGACUUCAGCACAGGAAUAACUUGGCAGAAGUGUUCUGCUCAAGCUAACUUGGAGAUCUUCUUCAGCAAUAAAUAUAGGAUUUGAUGUAAUAUCUUUGCUUUAGUUUCUCUGUGGAGAUGACUAGCUGCGACACAUGCCACAAACCCUGUUCUUUUCUGCUCUUAGUACACUCUCUCCUGAGCAGGUCGGCAUUAUAGUAUAAGCAAAGCAAGAAAAUCUUCCAGUGGUUGUGUUUUGUACAUAACGUAAAAUAAACUUCUCCUUUCGUGUGUAGUAACGAUUUGGCAUCGCUCAUCUUUACCUGUUCGUCUUUAUUUUUGCCAACCUUCACAAAAACCUGUAACCAAGUGGCAAUGCGAUAUGUUGCGUUGUAUUUUCUGUAACUGAGAUGGAGUUUGUUCUGAA